UUUUCGAAAUCUGCGCCUAUGGAUCGGCGUCUUGCAUGGAUUGGUUCCGGAAGUGGGUAGUUUUGUGAUGGUUUAUGGUUCUUGAUUGGAUGGUUCAGUGGUGGGGUUUUGUUUCUUGGUGAUGAGGACCGGAGAACCAACAAGAUUGAUUGCUGCCUGUGGAUUGCUCUUGUGAUUUUUGUUUCGUUGCUUGAUAUUUCAUUUUUAUCGUGGUGUUUUUGAGAGGGCCCCAAUUUUUUUAGUAUAAUCAGGACAUUUGUGUUCUGUCAGAAUUGCUAGAUGGGCAUUUUUUAGGGGCUUCUGAUUUGUCAUACUCAUAGCGAUGAUGGUGCCUGAUCUUAGUUUCUCAGCAUCAAUCUCUAGUGUGAAGCUCCCAAGGUAUGGGGCAUCAAAGAAUGAGAAAUUCUUGGUUCAGAGGGCCCCAAAAUUCCGAGCAGAAGCUAGGCUGGCGGCAUCUGCAAAGUAUGGUACUAAUGGUCGGGCAACAAAGAUGGUCCCAACAACUGAGUUGAGGAGGACCAAUGGUGGUGGCCUUGCAAGAUCAGGGAUGGUCAAUGGUUCUCCAAAUGACACUGUCAACGGCUCAACCAAGGCACCAAUUAAUGGUUCUGCAAAGGCCAUUGUCAAUGGCUCAACCAAAGCUGUUAUUAACGGUACACCAAAGAUAACUGUGAAUGGUACAAGUUUGGUGAAAGGCAGCAAGAUGUCCUCUCUUGUUAAGACACAGAAGCACACGAGAUUCAACAAUGAUCCCUUCCAAGAGGAACUGAAGGUUUUGCCUUCUGAUGAAGGAUUCAGCUGGGCGAAAGAUAAUUACAACUCUGUCCAGAGGAGCAUAGAUAUAUGGUCUUUUGUGCUUUCUUUUCGAGUCCGUGUGCUAUUUGACAAUGCAAAAUGGGCUUAUCCUGGUGGAUUCUCAGAAGAAAAGCAGAAAGUUCGAAGACAGAAAACUGCUUCAUGGUUAAGAGAGCAAGUAUUGCAGCUUGGUCCAACAUUUAUCAAGCUUGGACAGUUAUCCUCCACACGAUCUGAUUUAUUCCCAAGGGAAUUUGUCGACGAGCUUGCAAAACUGCAGGAUAGAGUACCUGCAUUCUCUCCUGAGAAAGCAAAAGCUUUCAUAGAGAAGGAAAUGGAUUGUUCCAUUGAUAUUGUAUACAAAGAAUUUGAAGAGCGUCCAAUAGCGGCAGCAAGUCUUGGUCAGGUACAUCGUGCAGUGCUCCAUAAUGGUGAACGAGUUGCAGUCAAAGUUCAGCGACCUGGGCUCAAAAAACUUUUUGACAUUGAUUUAAGGAACUUAAAGCUAGUAGCCGAGUAUUUUCAAAGAAGUGAAACAUUCGGAGGCCCUUCAAGGGAUUGGAUUGGUAUUUACGAGGAAUGUUCCAAAAUUUUAUAUGAAGAAAUCGAUUACAUCAACGAAGGAAAGAAUGCGGACAGGUUUCGACGGGAUUUCAGAAAUGUAAAGUGGGUUCGCGUGCCACUUAUCAUGUGGGACUACACAACUGAAAAGGUGUUAACCCUGGAAUAUGUUCCUGGUAUCAAAAUUAACAAUUUGGGUGUGCUUGAUAGCCGGGGCUAUAGUCGCUCACUGAUUGCAUCGUGUGCAAUAGAAUCUUACUUAAUUCAGGUGCAAACCAACAUCUUCGUGCAAACUUCAAUUCGGGCCACCGGAUCAACAUCCAAGGCUAGUUUGGCGGGUCCCCAUUCCAGGCUAGUUUGGCGCCCGAUAUUGAAGACUGGAUUCUUCCAUGCUGAUCCUCAUCCUGGAAACCUUGCUGUAGAUAAUGACGGUUCUUUAAUAUAUUAUGAUUUUGGAAUGAUGGGUGAAAUAAAAUCAUUCACUCGAGAGAGAUUGCUAUCCCUGUUCUAUUCUGUGUAUGAGAAGGACGCAAACAAGGUUAUGAAAGCUCUAAUUGACCUGGGAGCUCUACAGCCAACAGGAGAUCUCUCACCGGUUAGGAGGUCCAUUCAAUUUUUCUUGGACAAUCUGUUGAGCCAGGCACCAGAUCAGCAACAGACACUGGCUGCAAUUGGAGAGGACUUAUUUGCGAUAGCACAAGAUCAGCCUUUCCGGUUUCCAUCCACAUUUACAUUUGUCAUAAGGGCAUUCUCUACUCUUGAAGGGAUUGGAUAUAUAUUAGAUCCAGAUUUUUCCUUUGUCAAAGUUGCAGCGCCAUAUGCACAGGAACUGUUAGACUUGAAACAGAGACAACGGGGUGGACCUGAAUUAGUGCAGGAGAUAAGAAAGCAAGCAAAUGAUGCUCGUGAUUCUACAAUAUCAAUGCCAUACAGAAUACAGAGAAUUGAAGAUUUUGUAGGACAACUCGAGUCAGGUGAUCUGAAACUCAGGGUCAGAGUACUGGAGUCUGAACGAGCUGCUCGGAAAGCUACUGUGCUUCAGAUGGCCACCAUGUAUACAGCCUUGGGUGGUACUCUCUUGAAUGUUGGGGUCACAUUGAACAGUCAAGGGAACAGUCAAGGGAACCAAAUAAUUGCAAACGGUUCUUUCAUUGCUGCAGGCAUAUUUUUAGCAUUGCUGAUCAGAUCUAUGCAAAGAGUGAAGAAACUUGACAAAUUCGAGACAAUGAUAUGAUCAUCUUGCAAAGAUGUGCAACCGCAGAAGUUCCUGUCCCCGAAAAGGCAUGGCAUGACAGACUAGAGUAUCUUUGUAGAGUUACAUGGGAAAUGCGCGCCCCCUCAGGGUCAUAGUAUAUAUGAAGUGCAUAUAGGAAAUUUAUACUCUCUCUCGGAAACAACCGAGCUUUCACAUGCUCUUGUAAAUCUGUACAAACUGUAUCAUUAUUUAGCCGCUAAGGCUACACACCGACCAGUCAAUAAAGCAAGGAAUUCAAGAUAAUUGUAAUUUUUUUACAUUAAAAAUAUUCUAGAAUAUUCGAUGUGAA